GGGUGAAGGAGCUGCUGGGGAUCUACUGUCCUAGUCUGGGAAUGGUCCAGUCUGGUCAUGGCUGUUCAGGUAGACCCUGGGUGGUGAAGCAGCACCACGAGUAGGGUACUGAACCCACCGGACCACCAGAACCCUCCACCCAGACCAGUCCAGAAGACAACUUGUGCCAUCCUGGUACCAUCUAGGUGGCAUCAAGGCAUCCAAUCAACCUGCCCUCCAGAACCUCAACCAUGGAGUCCAAGUCCAAGAGCUUCAGGAUCGAUGCCCUGCUGGCUGACGAGGCUCACCGGGUCCACAGGGGUCACAGAGGUCACCGGGCACCGUCACCAUGCCAGAGCGCCGACAGUCCUGCGGGCAGCCCGGUGUCUUGCCCGUCGCCUCGCUCCCUCCACCUCCAGCCCGGGGUUCUCCCAAAGCCAGGUCUCCUGGGCCUGACCCACCCGGCCCUCUCGCCCCUGCCCCAGGCCUCCAUCCCGGCCAUGUACCCUCCACCCAUCUACCCCAUCUCCAUAUUAGGGACCCAGCACUCGCCCCUGGGGUACACCACCUUCGCCCACCCGGAGCAGCUGAAGGCGGCGGCGGCGCUGGAGGGCUGGAUCAGGGCCGGGGUCAUGCUGCCCCGCCUACCCGACUACUCCGGUGCUCCUCAGUCGGGGCUGAUGGGUAAAUGCCGGAGACCUCGCACUGCCUUCACCAGUCAGCAGCUGCUGGAGCUGGAGAACCAGUUUAAACUCAACAAGUACCUGUCCCGCCCCAAACGCUUCGAAGUGGCCACCUCGUUGAUGCUGACCGAGACUCAGGUGAAGAUCUGGUUCCAGAACCGCAGGAUGAAGUGGAAACGCAGUCGAAAGGCCAAGGAGCAAGCAGCCCAGGCGGAGGCGGAGCGACAUCGCGGUGGAGGCAAAACAGCCAAUGAGAACUCAGCCAGCGAAGACCAGAGGAAGAGGGUGGAGCCACUGGAAGAGGAGGCAAAUGAGGAGGAGGAGGAUGUAGAUGAGGAAGAAGAAGAGGAUGAGGAGCAUGAGGAUGAGAUGGACCGUCAUGAGUUCUUGAGCAGCCCUGACUUUCAUCAGCAUGGUGACUCGGAGGUUGGGUACCACCGCCACAGCCCGUACUCCGAUGAUGACAUGGAGGAGAUGGAGGGCGGGAACAGGAAGAUUGGGGCGGGGUUAUGAAAGGACAGGACUAUUCGGCAAUUCUGCCAAUUUAGGGGACAAAGAUGACAAUGUUUCUACAUAUUCCCAUCAGUCCUACCAAGGAACUGGUCAACGUCUAUGGUGGACCCAAUGAGACAAGAAUGAGAGCUUCUGGACAUGCAAACAAACACUAGGGGGCGUCAUUUGGGUCAUUUCUAGCCUGCCACUCCAGGCUAAAAUCUGCCUUUGCAUACUGUACAUAAUGGUGAAUGUAAUGGCGUACAACUGUGUGGUGUCCAAAGAGCCUGUUCUACUGUGAUCUGCAGUUGGACGUCACUCGGUUUUUAUGCAAAUAUGUCAUGCAUUUGGGAAUCCUCCCCACAGCAACAUACAAAUCCUGACUGAUGUUUUUCAGCUUCCUAAAAGCAACAUUACUUCCAUAUCUGUCCAAAAUACCUUGUUUUAGAUCAAGGGUUUGGGAGGUUCUAGAGCACUAGACUUCUCAAUUUUAGGAUUGUCAUGCUCAAGCAUUUCUGGUUCAGCUCAACUGCUAAUUACCAGACUUGGUUGGUUGGUUAGCCAACGUUCAGACUUUGAGGCCAAAUAAGAUAAAAUAAAAUUAGACAUAUCUAGAUUGUACCUAGGUUCAUUUUUCCGAGUCUUGACAGCCAGACACCAAACCAAAAGACUCCAAUACCACUUAAAAUUGAUUCCAAACCACAUUUGGUGAUAACUUAAAGGUGAACUCUAGUGUAAAAUUGACAUUUAGGGUAGUAAAACUUGAUAAAGAGUACUAACCUUUGUUGAAUAGCACACCUCCACUUUCUUGCAGCUUUCUGAGAUCCAGUAAUUUUGUGUGCUUUUUGCCCAGCACUCUUUACAGUUUUUACAAUUAAUGCCUCUGUUUUUACACCAGUAUCCAGGCUCAAAGUAGCUCCACACUUCAUAGGUAGAAUCCAGAGAGCCCUGACAUUUAAAACGAGGCAUUAAAAACGUUAAAUGUGCACAAGAAGCUUAUAAAACCACUCCACCAACUCCAAUCUUGCGCCCGACAAUGUUGGUAACGGGUUACGGGUUGUAAACAGUGUUUUUUAUAAAGCUUCUUGUGCACUUUUAAAGUUGGUAAUGCCUCAUUUUAAAUGUCAGGGCUCUUCGGAUUCUACCAAUGAGGUGUGGAGCUACUUUGAGCUGGAUAACGAUGUUAAAAAGCGAUUUAUCAGGGGCAAAAUAUGCCCCAAAGAAGACUUUGUAAAGAGUGCUGGGCAAAAAGCACAAAUUCCUGGAUCUUAAAAAGCUGCGGGAGAGCGGAGGUGGGCUAUUGAACAAAGAUUAGCACUCUUUAUCAUGUUUUACUACACCAAAAGUCAAUUUUACACUGAAGUCCUCCUUUAAAAAGUGAUUACAACCAUAUUUGUACAGAUGAGUAUCACUCUAAAAACUCUUUUUUUUUUUUGGCGAUAUCUGGCGAUACUUAGGGGUGUUGGUCCAAGAAGAGCGCCAGAGGUUAAUUUCUGACAGCAACCUCGACACCACAGCAACCCAUGUAGAUGCAUUUAUGAUGCUAAGACAGGCAAAUCCAGUCGGAUCACUGGCAGACAGUCACCUCAACAGAUCUGGUUUGAGAAUCAAAUCCGAUAUCUGAGCAAUUAAAUCAUGCCUGAGCUGGAUUUUCCCGAUCGCUGCUUUUGAACAUCACUCCGCAGAGCGAAUAAGCCAGUUUACGGUCAGUAAACUUCACAUAUGUCAGAUCUAGUUGUGUGCUGUUUUCAGAGGCAUUACGAAAUGUUUAUCCUCUAUAAAAAUACAAAAUAUUAUCCAUACUUUGUAUUCGAAUGAUUAAAAAACAAAGUUCAGUUAAUGUCCGGUACAACCGUAUAGCAGAUUAACAUUUACACAUCCUGGUCCACCAGAAUGUAAUGUCUUGUAAAGUUCAACAAGCAGAUUUGAAAGACUUUUUUCCCUAUUCUAUCAAUCGAUCAAUUUCUCUAAUCAAUUUGACUGUUUAUUCAAUAACAGCAUGCAUGUACAACUGUAAUGCCAAUGGUCCCCACAAAAAAUUAUCAACCCUGACCGAACAAAGAAAUUGACUAUUUCGUUAGAUACUAAAUUUGUAAAGUUUACAAUGAUCUGUUACAUCUGACAGCAGUAAAACAAAUGGGAUUCAUUGUCCAAACCCUACUGCUUUUGAAAAAAAUAAGAGACCACUUUAGUUUCUAAAUCAGUUUCUCUGAUUUUGCUAUUUAUAGGUUUAUAUUUGAGUAAAAUUAACAAUGUUGUUUUAUUCUCUAAACUACAGACACCAUUUCUCCCAAAUUCCAAAUAAAAAUAUUGUCAUUUAAAGCAUUUAUUUGCAGAAAAUGAGAAAUGGCUGAAAUAUCAAAAGAGCAAAGAAAACAAGUUCAUAUUUAUAAAGUUUUAAUAGUUUAGAAAUCAAUACUUGGUGGAAUAACCCUGGUUUUUAAUCACAGUUUUCAUGCAUCUUGGCAUCAUGUUCUCCUCCACCAGUCUUACACACUGCUUUUGGAUAACUUUAUGCUGCUUUACUCCUGGUGCAAACAUUUAAGCAGUUCAGUUUGGUUUGGUGGCUUGUGAUCAUCCAUCUUCCUAUUGAUUAUAUAUUUUUCAAUUUGGUAAAAUGAAAGAAACUCAUCAUUUUUAAGUGCUCUCUUAUUAUUUUUUCGAAAACUGUAGAUGGAAUAAGCCCUCCUAGUCUUUCCAUUUAUAUGUACUGUAUGUAUAAUUCUGGUGGCAUGAAUGCUUUUAUAGAUUACAUUACUGUAAAUAUCCUGGUUGCAGUCUUCAUACAGUAAAUACUUCCAUAUUGAACAAUGUAAAAGUAUGUAUAUAAUUAUGUAAACUAAGGCCUCUUUUCCAUUGCAUGGACCAAAAAUAAUAAGAGCUGGAUCAACAUGAACCUGGAUGAACUUUAAAGUGUCCAUUGACUCAAAAGUCAGGAAAUGGACUGUGAUUUGGGUCAGUUGAUUAUUGAAAGGAAGGAAACUGGUCUUGUGGAAGAUGUACAUUUAGUUAAAGCUCCUGUUCAACGUUAUUUAAACCUGUUUAAGGUCUAAUUUAUUUGCUUUGUAAAAAAGACGUUAAAGGCUGAAACACAGUCAAAUUUAUGCGAUGGUCUGUGUUGUUGUAAAUGACAUAAAUAAAAAGAAAUACCAUUUGUAAA